ACUGCGCAGUGCAGUCCGCCGUCGCCAUUCUCCCUCCACUCCACUCCCCUCCCCGAGACGAGACGGCGCACGCAUUGGAUGCCGUUCUAAUCCCCUCCCCUCUCCUCCCUCUCCAUUAUCGCUCCAUUAUCGGAGGUCGGCCAGCCAAACCCCCGUUCCACCCCCUUCCCCGGCCCAAAAACAAGCAAACAAGUAGCAAAAACCAAACCUUUUUCGUCGCUCCCCGGCCGCUCUGGUCCUGCCUCCUGCGCGCUGGAGCGGAGCGCUCGCCUGCCUUCCGGAAGGGGGAAAGCGAGCCUGGAUGGUCCUGCUCGCGGCCCCUCGGUAGCCCUGGGCAGACAUUGCCGUCUCCAUCUUCUUCCUCCCCGGCCCCGAGGAGAAGAAACCGGUCGGAGGCAAUGAGGAAGCACGGCUGGCAGCUGCCGUACCACCCGCUGCAGGUGGUGGCGAUAGCCGUCUUCGCCGCGCUGGGCUUCGCCUUCUACGUCUUCUUCCUGCCCUUCGUCGGGAGCCAGACCUCCCAGUACGUCGCCAUGGGCCUCUACACCCCCCUGAUUACGUGCGUCGUCACGCUCUACAUUUGGUGCGCCGCCACGAACCCCGGCGACCCCGGCAUCUGCAGGUCGACCAGGCACUCGAGGCUGGACAAGGACGGGCGGCAGUCCCACUCCCACUCCCACAUGGACUCGGGCCACGGCCUCCAUGCUGCUGACAACAGCGAGAAGCUGAGCAGCAUGCUCGAGAGGAAGGACUCGCCUUCUUGGCUCAGAUGCUCCCAAGUGCUCUGCUUGGUCUGCUUGCCCUUUUCCUGCCUCUGCAAAGGAUGCCUCCAUCCUGAUGACCAGCAUUCUGAAGAGAACAUGAGUGAGGAAGGCAUGUUCUUCUGCAGCUUAUGUGAAGCAGAGGUGUUGAAGAACAGUAAGCAUUGCAGAGUGUGCGACAAGUGUGUUGAUGGCUUUGAUCACCACUGCAGGUGGCUCAACAAUUGUAUUGGGAAAAGGAACUACAAAGGGUUUUUCAUUCUAAUGUCUUCUGCUGUUCUCCUGCUUGUAGUGCAGUGGUUGUCAGGAACCCUUGUGAUAAUUCUCUGCAUUGUGAAGCGAGGGGAUUUCUCCAGACAGAUUGACUCAAAGUUAGGAAGCAGUUUCUCAACUGUAGCAUUUGUAAUUGUUGUGGCUACUUGCACCAUACUAGCAAUGAUUGCGACUGUACCACUUGCUCAACUUUUGUGCUUCCAUAUUCUUCUUAUCAAGAAGGGAAUUAGUACGUAUGAUUACAUCAUAGCUUUGAGAGAGCAAGAGGAAGAUCAGCAAGAAGAGGUUGCUGGUCACCAAAGUCCGCAGAUGUCUAUCAUUAGUUCUGUUACUGGAUUUAGCACAGCAAGUUCUUUUGGUCCUCUUCAUCGUGGUUCAUGGUGCACUCCACCACGAUUAUUCCUUGAAGAUCAGUUUGAUGUCAUCCCUCCGGAGAUUGGCAUGUCACAGAACCCUGGAAGCAAGAAGAUGAAGGUACUGGAAGGAGCAAGAAGAAGAAAUGGAACAGUAAAAAUUAGCCCCUGGACACUGGCACGCCUCAACGCCGAGGAAGUGUCGAAGGCAGCCGCACAGGCGAAGAAGAAAUCCAAGAUUCUGAAGCCAAUUGCAAGACAAGACCCUCCGAUCAUCCAUGACAACAGGAGGGGGCGGUUCCCUGCCGAACUCUCUCUCGACCCGCUCGCAAGGCUGUCUGCAAGCGGCACCGAGAGCAACUUCAGCGACGGGGCCAUGGAAGCCUCUGCCAGUCUAGCCCCACUGCAGCUCGAAGCGAGGAGCGCUUUCCAGCCAAGCACCGCGGCAUCCUCCAGAAUCGCCGUCUCGUCGCCUGAAAGCAGCUUCGAUUCGCCUGAUCUCCACCCAUUCCGCGUUUCUUCAUGCACCGCCGACGAAAUGCUGGGAGGUACACCGCAUGCGGCCCAGAGCCACAUCGAGUUCACGAGAUCGACGAGCGACGGAUACGAGGCGUCGGGGGGCGAAGACAGUGACCGCAUACCGUCGAGAAUCGUGCACCGAUCGUCCAACUGGGCUAACUCGCUUCUGCAUUCCGGUCAGGCUGGACCGACGACUGACCAGCACAUGCCAUCGUCUGAAGGGUUCCUUAACAACAGCAGGUCAAGCUAGUUAUAUGUGCUCAUCUGACCAACAGAAAUGGUAGGAAGAAGCUGCGUGGUGUUGGUACCUGGAGAAUCGCUGCAGCUGCAUAUGGCAGAGCAAAACUGGGAAAACAUUGGUUAAUUUGUAAUCUAGGGUUAGGUUUUGUUAGUGACGAAUGUUAGAGCAAUGCUCAUUUGAUGUUAGCUCAUGCAAACUGCUAGUGUGUUGCUAACAGUAGCAUUCUGGUGUGUUUUGGCGUAUUGCAGUUGUUAAGAUCAAUCCAGUAGAAUUUGUCUAA